GCCAGCUCAGGCAAGAGGAUGCAAGAACACAGGCACUGCAGCCACAUUUCCUAGAGGAGUGGAGGUUGGACAACACUGCUCCCUGUCAGCUUCUGUUCCCCACUGCAAACUGUUCUGCUCAAGGCUCAUCAUUUCAUGAACCAGAAUGGCCCCAAGGCCUCCCGAUCGGGAUCUCUGAAAGAGUCUGGGGCCUAGACCUCCAAGCAACAAUGUCACAGAAACCAUCCAGCAACACUUGGGUUGUCAAGCAAAGAAAUGUGCUCCAACUGAGGCCCUGCAGGCUUUCCAUGACCCCCUCUUAUUUGAGGAAGGUGUUCUCUUGCUUCCUUGGUUUCUCCCUGCAUCCUAGGAGGUCCUUCUGAAGCCCUUCAGUGGUCUGAACCGAUCUUCUGGAGUCCUUUGGUGGCCCCAGGGAUGUCAUCUGUCAACCAGUCUUUGGAACUGUGCAAGGACCGCAGCACCAGCCACCAACUUCACCUGAUUGGAUACAGUCUGAUUUUCACAGCCGGCUUGCUUCUCAACCUUGCGGCCCUCUGGAUCUUCCUGUACUAUCUACGUAUCAAGUCUGUGGUGAGCAUCUAUAUGCUGAACUUGGUUGUGAGUGACCUCCUUUUCACAGUAUCUUUGCCAUUCCGUAUCUACUAUUAUGCCGUGGGGGAAUGGCCCUUCUGGCCUUUCCUUUGCCAGGUCUCUGGCUCCAUCUUCCAGAUCAACAUGUACGGCAGCUGCCUCUUCCUCAUGUGCAUCAAUUUGGACCGCUUUGUUGCCAUUGUCUACCCACUCCGCUGGCGCCAUCUCCGGCGCCCUAAGGUGGCACGGCUGUUCUGCCUGGUGGUGUGGGUGCUUAUCCUGAUGGGCUCGGUGCCAGUGGCCUGGUUUCACAAAACCACCUCAUGCCAGAAAGAAAACCAGACCAUCAUGCUGUGUUUCGAAAGCUUCAGCAAUGAUCUGUGGCAGAAAAGACUCUUUCCCUUGGUUGUUCUGGCAGAGAUCCUUGGCUUUCUCCUGCCGCUCACUUCUGUGACUUACUGCUCGAUCCAAAUCUUUAGGAAUCUGUGUAAGCCUGGCCGGGACCGGAGCCUGCGCCAGCAAAAGACAAUCCGCCUGCUUGUGGUCAACUUGGUCAUCUUUAUUAUCUGCUUUGUCCCUUAUAAUAUCAUCCUGGCGGCUUACGGGAUGAUCAAGGCCCGUGUGUUCCCGACGGAUCAACUGACAAAGGAUUCUGUGCGCCGGGCCCUGGUUGUCACGGUGCUCUUGGCCAGUAUGAACUGUACCCUGGACCCCUUGGUGUAUUACUUCAGUACAGAAGGCUUCCGGAACACUUUAAAGAGGCUGAGGAGAGGGCAAGCGUGGGACUCCGAGACAGGAACGCUUCAGACUCGGGUGAUGCAAAGCAAACCUUACCAGGCUAACGCAAAGGCAGAGGUCAAAUCAUUCCCAGUGCGGCACUUGAUCCUCACGCAUAAGGAUGUGCCGUUUUCUCCUCCGAAGAUAUUUCUAAACAGCCCCAUUGAAGACUCUGAAAUAUAAUAAUGGGUGGAUUAUCAUGCUGGCGACUUUGGGAAUUUCAGAACAGGGUAAAAAACAGUUAUGAAACUUGAAUAUUAAGAGGGAGAGGGCAGACAAUUAGACAAAACGAAACCAAGGUAACUUCAGAUUUCUCCAGCUAGUUUCUGACAUUUCUUUUAGACUUUUGUCUCCAUUCCCGGAUGCGGUCUGUUCACACAAGUGCUGUAUACAAGACAAAUGUCAUUGCUAUAUAGGAUGGAAAUGUUGUUGCUCGGAUUUUAUAUCUAGGGCAGAAUCCAAUUUUAUGCCACAUUUCUCUAUAGAAACCAGCACCAAAGGCUAUUAAAAAUGACCACUGUGGACACAGCUGCUGAAAUUCAAAGUUCUCCUUGUUCAGGUAGACUUCACCUGGACAUAACUGUGUGAAAAAACUGCUAGCAGCUUCUCUCCAAUCCUGUAUCAGAUGUUUCUAGUAUCCGCCUCCCCCAUCAAUAUUAUCCAAUGACUGCCAUUUGGCUGCUGCCAGGGGCCCAACGAAGGCUGGACAAGUCCGACCAUUGCCUUGACUAAGCCUCUGAGCAAGUUCUGUCAUCUAGUUUUUCAUCCAUAGUCUUGAGAAUCCACUUAAUGAUUCUGCACUGAAAAUAAAACAUAUAGAUUAACAUUAUUUUGGUAAUAAAAUAUAUAACCUUUUCAUGCAGUUGUCCAAGUUAUGCAUAGGGCAGGUGCAUGAUGUGGGAAUUGUUGGCUCUUGGAUGCAGAUAUUUAUGUGAAUUUUCCCAUACAUUUCUAAAAGUGCCUUCAUGACGACCAUUCAAAUAGCGUUUGUGUACAAGCAUCUGGCUCACAUCUUACAUUGAAUAUGCUGAUUCCAAGAGUGGGAACAUAUGUCAACCUUAGGGCUCUUCAGACAUUACUACGGCUACCAAGCCUCCCCAUAGUUGCUCACCACCUGUCCAAGAGGCAACAGGAGGUUUUUUUUUACUAACUGCUAUGUCACUUACAAGGGAAAAUUGAAAGUGAUUUAGGUAGCUCUAGGAAUCACCAAUCACUCUAUGGUUUACCAGUAAUUCUAGUGAUCCCUAAAGCUGCUGUAUGUCACUUCCAGGUUUUCCCUGGAAGUGACAUCUAUGCAGAAGAUGUAGUGCCUCCCAUGCACUACCUCGGAAUGUGGCGGAGUGUCCUUCUUUGGAGGUUUUUAAAGAGAGGCUGGAUGGCCAUCUGACAGGAGUGCUUUGAUUGUGUGUUCCUGCAUUGCAGGGGGUUGGACCUGAUGGCCUUUGGGGUCUCUUCCAACUUUAUGAUUCUAUGUCCUCACCCUCAACUGUCCCACCCUUUGCCAGGAAUAGCCUAGAAACCCUACAACCAGUAACUGGAAGUCAUUAAUCAUGUGGAGAUCCUCUUGAUAUAUAUAGUCACACUGUGCUAUCUGAAAGGGUCAACACAUGGAUUUUCAGCUUCCCUUUAUACACACUGAAAAUUUAGGUGACUUUGGAUCUGCCACUAUCUCAGCUUAAACCAAUUUCACAGGGUAGUUAUGAGGAUAAAAUGGAGGGCUGGAGAAUAAUGGAAGCCACUCACUGGGGAAAAGACAGGGUAUAAAUGAAGCAACCAAAUAAAUAAUCCUGAUCUAAAUCAGGCCAAUGCACACCAGGGAGCCAUGCACCCAGCUAGGAACUCUGAGCAUACACCUGUAGACUGCUUUGUAAUGUGUGAAUUGACUCUCAAAGUACAGAUGUCAGCAUAGCUUUGUUAUAGCACUAUCCAGGAUCUGCUCAGGGUACUAGGAUGCCAUUGGCACUGAUAGGAUGCCAGUUGCCAGACGGUGGCUGGAGGUCUCUUGGGAAUUACAACUCAUCUCCAGCCAAAAGAGAACAGUUUCCCCAGAGGAAAUGGCUGCUUUGGAAAGAUAAUUCUGUGGCAUUUAUACCAUGCUGAGGUCCCUCCCCAGAUUCCUGAAACCCCAGCCUCAAACCUCCAGGAAUUUCACAACUGGAAGUUGGCAUCCCUUGGCUGUCUCCCAGCCUUCAGAGGCACAGGAGUGACUGGUAACCUCCUUUUUGACCCACACCAGACCAGCCACAUUCAAGCCAAAUACCCUGUUUCCCCUGAUAUAAGACAUCCCCUGAAAAUAAGACGUGGUAGAGGUUUUGCUGAAGUGUGAAAUAUAAGGCAUCCCCCGAAAGUAAGACAUAGCAAAGUUUUUGUUUGGAAGCAUGCCCAACGAACAGAACACAGAAAAAUAAGACAUCUCCUGAAAAUAAGACAUAGCGCAUCUUUGGGAGCAAAAAUUAAUAUAAGACACUGUCUUAUAUUCGGGGAAACAUGGUAGCUCCAUGGUUGCACUAAUGUAAAUAUUUAAGAAAAAGGUAAUUUGCCCAUAUUAUAUUCAUGGCAGAUCUAACAGGACCAGUACAUCAGAUUCUUACUCUACCAUGUGAACUUUGGCCAGCUAGCCAUCACUCUCUCUUUUUGUCUCCGCCUACCUAACCUACCUCACAGGGUUGUUGUGAGGAUAAAGGGAAGGAGGGAGGAUGAUGUACGCUGCCUGAGCUCCUUGGAAGAAAGGAAGGAUAAAAAUGUAUUAAAUGAACAUUGCGGGGGGGGGGGGGAGUGUUUGAACUGCCCACAAAGUCAAUGGGGGAAAUAAUUUUUCUCCCUGCUAUGUUCAUAAAUAAAGCUGACAUCUGUAAGCAGUGUGCGGUAUACCUACAUCUGCAGGAACACCUAUAUGUUUGAAGCUGCCAAGUUUGGGCUGGUUCACACCUGUAUGUAUGGAUUGCUACAGCAAAUUC